GUUCCUUGACGCUGGGGGCUUAGUGUGGCGUGUGAGCAAGGCAGAAUGGAUUUUACCCCAGUACACAGCCCCAUCUGCAGAAAGCCAACAACUGCCUGCAGGCAUGGUGUUACCCCUGGCUCCAGAAGUUUCACCAGGUGCAGGGGAAUAUCUUUCUCAGAUUCAGUGGAGGAGUCAACUCCCUUACCCUCUGUUGAAGAUCGCCUGGCUGUCCUCUGCCCUUCUCAGGAGCUUCUAGAAUAUUACCAAAAGAAGAUGACUGAAUGUGAGGGAGAAAAUGAGGACCUGCUGAAGAAACUGGAUCUGUACAAAGAAGUUUGUGAAGGACAGCAUAAACUAGAAUGGGAUUUACAACAGAGAGAGGAAGAGAUAGCUGAACUGCAGAAAGCGCUAAGUGAUAUGCAGGUCUGCCUCUUCCAGGAGCGGGAACACGUUUUACGCCUCUACUCAGAAAAUGACCGACUGAGAAUCAGAGAACUAGAGGACAAGAAAAAGAUUCAGAAUCUCUUGACCCUUGUGGGAACAGACACUGGAGAAGUCACCUAUUUUUAUAAGGAACCUCCCCACAAGGUCAGCAUUCUACAAAAGACAAUCCAGACUGUAGAUGCAUGUAAACAGAAUGAAUCUUCAGCUUUCAGAGCAGAUUCUAAAGUAAGCAAAAGAAAACUGACCAAGAAAGAGAAGGAAGAAAGUUCUGAGCAAUACCACAGAGACAUACAGUCACUUACCCUACAGGUAGAAGCAUUGCAAGCCCAGCUGGAAGAACAGACCAAGCUUUCUAGAGAGCAAGUUGAAGGGCUCAUGGAGGAUAGACGGAUUCGCAUUGAGGAAAUACAAGUUCAUCAACAGAGAAAUCAAGACAGAAUCAAAGAGCUUACCAAAAAUCUCCAUCACACCCAAGAACUGCUCUUUGAGAGCACCAAAGACUUCCUGCAACUCCGAUUUGAAAACCAAAAUAAAGAGAAGUCAUGGAUGCUUGAAAAGGAUCAUUUGAUGUCAAAAAUUAAGCAGUAUAGGGCACAGUGUAAGAAGAAAGAAGAUAAAACUGGAAGAGUUGGGCACAUUUCACAUGAGAGCCAUCAUAGCCAAAAUGAAUAUAUCAAGUCACUAAAGGAUAAAUUAGUACAAGAGAAGAGACUUUCCAAUAUGUACCAAGAGCAGUGUAUAUCUCUAGAGGAAGAACUUGCUCGAAUUCGUGAGGAAGAGGGAGUGAGGAGAGAGAUCUUCAAGGAUCGCACUAACAGAAUGGGGAAGCGUCUACAGGUAAUGACAAAGCGCUAUGAGGCCUUGGAGAACCGGCGUUGCUUGGAAGUGGAGGGCUUUAAGACCGAUAUCAAGGCUCUCCGGCAGAAACUGAAAGACUUGGAGCAGAUAGUCUAUAAGGCAACACUUAAUACCCGAGCAAACCAGGAUCUUGCUAUCCUGUAUGAAGUUCGUGACAGCAAUAGACGGGCACAUAAAAUACAAGGAGAACUGAAGAACCUUAAGUCCAAAGUAUUUGGCCUGGAGAAUGAACUCAGACUCUGCUGAUAUUUACUUUUAGAAAUAACUCUUCUCUGGACUAGGUCUGCUUCCUGAAACCUGAGAAAAGAGGUCUUAUUCUCCCAGAAACUAGACACAGAGUUGACUGAAGUCAUGGUGCCUGGGUCAAGAAUUGGGGACCAUUGCAAAAGACUUACUUGCAUUCUAAGCUUUAGCUAUAAUUUUCACUGUCCUGUAAACUGCCCCUCUUUCCCACCCUUAGUCUAAAUGAUAACAUGAAUUACUUAAGAGACAUUCCCACAUUAUUUUUCCUAGUGGUGACAGGCUUUUUUUUUUUUUAUAAGAAGACAAUGACAAUAAAACUUGGGAAGAAAAAGAAAACUAUUUUUCUGUGAACUUGGCCGAGCAUCAGUGGCAAAGGAGGUUGCCUUUCCUUUAGGCAGACGGAAAAGGCAACAAAUCACAACUGUCAAAUGUGAAUGGCAGUAAUUUUACCAUUUAACUUAGUUCUUCUGUCAAUUGUAGGUCCUGAGUUACUUUUGGGGCCUAGUUUUGUGAAGUUUCACCAGAGGGCACCAGAGACCCUCCUCCUAAGCCAAAUGUUCAUGUUGGAAAAUAAAAGUGCCACUGUGGGAAGAGUGUUAAAACCUUAACAAUCCUUGUAUGAAAAA